UAUUUCAGCUCACCAACCCCAGAAAAAUGAAAAAAUACCACAACCGCAACCACAACCACAACCCGCUUCUUCAUUCAUUUUUCAUAUAUAAUAAUAAUUCCAAUCAUCAUCACUUGCCCCUUGUCUUUUUAAUGAAUGAACAAAGAGUAGGUUAUAUAUAUAUAUAGGCACGACGCCCGCCCCUACUACUCUUCUUUCAUUUCUUCAUUCACACAAACACAUUAUUACUGUUAAAUAUCUCAUUCCAAAGGGAGAUCCAUCCAUCACAAGAAUGGAGAACUGGAAGAAUUUGAUUCACCUUUUUGUGACCGUCUUCCUCUCCUACUUUGCCUCCUUGGUCGUCAAUCCCACCAUUGCUGACGUCACCAUGGAGGCCGUCUGCCCCGGCAAAGAUGAAUGCUCCCUCGCCAUUUACCUCUCCGGCUUCCAGCAAGCGAUUGCAGGAAUAGGGUCAGUGGUUGUGAUGCCACUCAUCGGUUUUCUGUCCGACACAUAUGGCCGAAAGGUCUUGCUCACGAUUCCCAUGACCCUCUCCAUUUUUCCAUUAGUGAUAUUGGCUGUGAGAAGGACAACAGAAUUCUUCUAUGUGUACUAUGUUUUGAAGACUUUAACAGCCAUGGUUACUGAAGGGGGUGUCAUCUGCCUCGCCCUUAGUUAUUUGGCCGACAAUGUAUCAGAGGGAAAGCGCGUCUCUGCAUUUGGACUCUUGUCUGGCGUGACUGCUGCAGCAACUGUUUGUGGUACAUUAGUUGCACGCUUACUGCCCACCACUCGGAUAUUUCAGCUGGCAGCAGUUGUAGCUGUUGUGGCAGCAGUUUACAUGAAAAUCUUUCUCAAGGACACUAGUACUUGCCAAGCUGAUGCUUUGGAGCAGCCAAUCUUGAAACCUGCAACUGAAACCAGUGAAACUGGGAAUGAGUCGUUGAAGAAGACCGACUUGAUUAAGAAAUUUCCGUUGCCAAAGGAUAUAAUUCGCUUGCUAAAGAGCAGUGGUACUGUAUCACUAGCAUCAUUUAUUGUUUUCUUCAAUAGCCUUGCUGAGGCAGGAAUCCAAGCUUUCUUAAUGUACUACUUAAAGGCUCGAUUCCACUUCCAGAAAGACCAGUUUGCUGAUAUAUGGCUUAUUACCUAUAUUUCAGCAACCGUAUCAAAUAUGGUCUUAAUGCCCACACUUGGUCCGCUUCUUGGAGAAGAGACACUUCUUUGCAUAGGUCUUUUUGCUGGAUUCCUAAAUAUGCUACUUGACAGCAUUGCAUGGGCACCUUGGGUACCUUAUGGUUCUGCAUUCUUGGGCAUCUUCCUUUUCCUAGCAAGUCCUAGUCUUAGGUGCAUUAUUUCAAAACAAGUUGGGCCCUAUGAACAGGGGAUCGCUCAAGGAUCUGUCAUGGGCAUAACCUCAUUUGCCAAUGUCAUUUCUCCAAUUAUAUAUAGUCCUCUUUCAGCUUUAUUUUUGUCCGAUGGAGCUCCAUUUUAUUUCCCUGGUUUCAGUAUGCUGUGCGUUGGGCUGGCUUGGUUUGUAGGUUUCAUCCUUAGCACAAUCAUAAAGUUUCAGCCUCUCUUGUCUAGAGACAGAUCCUGCAGUGAGCCCUGCUUGCUGGCCUAAACUCAAUGCUUUCAGUUAUGGAGAAGACGGACCGAAGCCUCAACUCGUGGCUAAAAUUUCGUUUUUGCUGAUAAAUUUUCAUGAAAAACGAAAUGCAUAGCACUUUUUGAAGGCUAUUGGAGCAGGCUUCUGGGGUGCAGUGUAAUAUUUUGUUAUUUUGUAAAUGUAAAUAUGAUACGACUCUUACUAACAUUUAUUCGUUUCACAUGAAUAUCUGGUUUAUUUGUUCAGAAA